AUGCUCGAGUACUAUGCAAUUAUGUAUCCAUCAAAGAUUCAUGCCGAGCUCUCUAAAUUGAAAGCCCUUCUCUGUAUGAAUUACAAUGCAACUUGCUCUGCUGAUAGUCUUCUAAAUUCUAAAAAUUCAAUCAAAUCUUUACCCGAACAAAAUGUAAACCUUGCUGCUGAUGGAUGUAAUCUACUGGAUCGAGAUCUCACCGAUUUGGCUCAAAGACAAUUCUACGAGUUUCAGAUUGUGCUUAAAUGGAGCGGCUUUUUGUCUCGAAUAAAUUCUUCAUCAGCACGAGUACAACUACAGAAUUUGUGGAUAACGUUCAUGGUUGUAAUAGGAAUCUACAUGAUGUUCUACGAUCUCUUCUUCCUCCUAAUCGACUUUCAAAUGAAAUACGCUUCCCAUGUGGCAAUAUCAAUCGCCGUCAUUUGUCAAGCAUUGAUCUCAUUGUUACUCUCAACCUAUUGGCAACGAAACUUAUGCUUUGAGAGAUUCUUCCAUCAACUUCAUCAUUGUAAGAUUCGAGACAUGGAUACUUUUGAUACGGGUUAUGUGACGACAAAUAAAAAAAUUCGAUGGCAAUUUUUGGGCAUUCAGAUCUAUUGUACAGUGAACGCGGUGAUGUUUUUGAUGUCGAUGGCGACAAAUUCUUUGGAAACAGUCAUGCUACCGUCCCUGUCUCAUAGCUUCUACUAUCGAGAACUUCGAUACAUUCGCCCCUGUAUUGCCUAUAUCUUUCUCACAAUCAUCAAUUACAAUAUGCAUAUUUAUCUUUGUCUCACAAAUGUUCUCCAUUUUGAAGUCAAGAAAUUCAACUUCAAGUUAACACAGAUUGUCUCCAUCACGAUGACCUUCUUUGCCUUCUUUCUCAACAUCAAGUCAAAGGAUCAAAGCUUGCCCAUU